AUGGCCUACACUCAGUCCCUGGCCCAAGUCAAGGACCAGCUUCAGAUCCACAGCCUCCUGGCCCGGCAGUGCCUGGCCGAGUUUCUGGGUGUGUUUGUGCUCACACUCCUCAUACAGGGGACUUUGGCCCAGGCUGUCACCAGUGGAGGAACCAAAGGCAACUUCUUCACCAUGUUUCUGGCUAGCUCUCUGGGUGUUAGGCUAGCCAGCUACAUCAGUGGUAAUGUCUCAGGGGCCCACCUGAAUCCAGCCUUCUCCCUGGUCAUGUGCCUCCUGGGAUGCCUCCCCUGGGCCAAGUUUCCCAUUUAAGCCUUGGUGCAGUUGCUAUCUGCUUUCUGUGCCUCUGGAGCAUAGGUGUAUGCUCUCUAUCACGAUGCCCUACAGAACUAUACAGGUGGGAACCUGACAGUGACUGGUCCCAAGGAGACAGCCUCCAUCUUUGUCACCUACCCUGCCCCCUAUCUGUCCCUGAGUAAUGGCUUCCUUGAUCAGGUUCUGGGCACCUGGAUGCUGAUUGUGGGGACCUUAGCCAUCCUGGACACACGGAACAAGGGAGCACCUGCGGGUGUGGAGCCUGUGGUAGUGGGGUUGCUGAUCCUGGCCAUCAGGCUAUCCAUAGGUGCCAGCUGUGGGUUCCCAAUCAACCCUGCCUGGGACCUCGACCCACGGCUUUUCACCUAUGUGGCUGCCUGGGGCCCUGAAGUCUUCAGCGCUGGCAAUGGCUGGUUAGGCUCUCUAGGGAGGGCCACACUUAGCACAGCCACACACCAGCGGCUGGUGGCUCUGCACCAUCCUGAGCACUCAGAGCCAGCUCAGGAUCUAGAGUGUGCCCAACCUGAAGCCUCAGACUCGGAAAGUCCGCCACAACUCAGGUGCAGGAGACGCCGCCCGCCUUUCCGCUCACUGGGGCGCCUCGCCGAGAUUCAGCACCCCGCCGAUAGUAAUUAG